AUGAAUGAUCAUUCAAUGUUUAUUCUUCAUUCUGCCACAUAUAUUCUGGUUUUACUUCUUUAUGUAGAUGAUAUUAUUCUAACUGGUAACUCUGAAUGGUUACUCAACAAGUUAAUUAACUCUCUUAAGUAUGCUUUUCCUAUGAAGAAAUUAGGAAACUUAAGUUACUUCUUGAGUAUUGAAGCUAUUAGACAUUCAGAUUCUUUGGUAUUAUCUCAGAAGAAAUACACUUUGGAACUGUUAGGGAAAUCCAUUAUGUUGGAUUGCAAACCUUGUAAAACUCUAAUGGAAAAGACUUUCAAGGCUUCUAUAGAUGAUGGUAUUUUGUUGGCAGAUCCUCUUGAGUAUAAGACUAUUGUAGGUGGAUUGCAAUACUUAACUCAUACUAGACCUGAUAUAUGCUUUUGA